GCCUCGUCCACCUUCGAGCCAGCUCCAUGCCUGCUCUCGCUACUCCCCCAGACCGCAACCUGGUCCGCAUCGGCAAGGAACGCGUCGAGAGCGUAUCCGCCACCGACUUUCCAGGCCACCACCCGGGCGAGUCGCACCACUGGGAUCUCGACCUCUUCCGCCGCCAGCUCCGCGUCCAGCUCAACUGGCUCAGCCCGACCGCCCUCGAGUUUGACCUCGUCGGCGUAGACGCCAGCGUCGCAAACGCCAUCCGCCGCAUCGUCAUCGCAGAGGUCCCGACCGUCGCCAUCGAGAACGUCUACAUCUGGAACAACACGUCCAUCGUUCAGGACGAGGUCCUCGCCCAGCGCCUCGGCCUCAUCCCCCUCGCCAUCGACCCGCGCAAGGUCGAUGCCAAGAAGGCUGCCGACGAGCCGCCGACCGACCUCAACACGGUCGUCUUCAGCCUCGUCGCCCGCUGUACACGGCGACCCGACGUCAAGAAGGGCGAGACCGACCCCGAAAAGAUCUGGAACGGCACCCAGGUCCUCUCGUCGGCGCUCGAGUUCAGCUCGAGGGGUGGCCAGGACAAGCUCUUUGGCGCACACGAGCCGAAGCCGGCCGUCGACGACAUCCUCAUCGCCAAGAUGCGCGGCGGCCAGGAAAUCGUCGCCGAGCUGCACUGCAACAAGGGCAUCGGCAAAGAUCACGCCAAGUGGUCCCCAGUCGCCACUGCCUCGUACCGCCUCCUACCGACCAUCCAGCUCCUCUCCGACGUCCCUCGCGACCUCCACGCCAAGUUCCAGGCCUGCUUCCCCGCCGGCGUCAUCGACAUCGCCGGCGAUGCCCUCGUCGUCGCCAACGCGCGCCGGGACACGGUCAGUCGCGAGGUGUUGCGGCAUCCCGAGUUCGAGGACAAGGUCAAGCUGGGCAGGGUGCGCGACCACUUUAUCUUCAACGUCGAGUCGGCCGGCCAGUACGCCCCGCAAGAACUCGUCCCCGAAGCCAUCCACGUCCUCCUCGACAAGAUCCGCGAGGUCCGCAGAGCCUUGUCAGCAGCCACAGCGUGAAACGGACGCGACUUUGUCUACGUCUC